AAAGCGUCGAUUUUUCCCCGCCUUGUUCCUCCGGCGAGAGAAUUACUGCCGACGGCUGUGGUUGUUUGUUCCGUUUUCUGGGAUUUUCUUCUGUUUUCUGUUCGUUGUUCGACAGCAUGAAGAAGAAACUUGACACUCGUUUCCCUGCGGCAAGUUUCUCUUUUAAUAAUCAUACUCUUUCUGGGUUGCUUUGGUUAUCUUGUUCAUUAGCUGAUUGUGCCUUUUUAUUGGCUAGGAUAAAGAAGAUUAUGCAAGCUGAUGAAGAUGUUGGAAAGAUUGCUAUGGCUGUGCCUCUACUUGUCUCUAAAGCUUUGGAGCUCUUUCUGCAAAAUCUCUGUGAUCAAACUGCUGUGGAUGCUGUGAUGGUGGAUGGAGUCAACUGCAAGGAGACUGCAUUCUCCCAUGUAGUCUUCUCUCGUUUCUGUACUUUAUUAUUUGUUGUGGUUCCUGAUCUUGGUGGUUCUGAUGCUGCUGAUGAGGACCAUUCUGUUUGCAAAAGAAGGAAGGUUGUUGAUGAUGACAACAGUGACUCUGAUAAUAAGCCCAAGAGGAGCAGAGUGGACGCAACUAGCAACAAUAAGAGAAGUAGAAAUGGAAGGGGAAGGGGCAGAGUUAGAGAUCAUGGUCGGGGCAGAGUUAGAGAUCAUGGUCAGGGCAGAGGGAGAAGAACAGUGGAAAGAGAGAGAGUUCCACCGCAUGAAAAGUUUGAAGAUGAAUCAAACAUUUCUUACCAGCAAGAAACCAAUGAUCUAGACCUUCACAGGCUGGAUAACGAGAGGGAGCUUGAUGAGUCAAAAGAGAGUGUUCAAGCUAACAAUAGUUUGCAGGCCUCAGUUCGAAGUUUAGACCUCAAUGUUGGGUUGGAUGAGAAUGGGUACUCGAUCAUCCCAGUUGCCGCCCCUCCUUGUCCAAUCAAGAAGACCAUCCCUGAAUUUAAGCAUGAAGAAUACCCAGUUGGCCCUUCUCUGAGAUUGACAAGAUGGGCAUAGAUCCUACUCAACUCGCCGACUUCAGUUGGAGAAUAGAUGAGGAAGAUUACGAUGAAUGAAUUCGAUGGGAAUUUUAUCUCAUAAUUUUGAAGUUCUUUUCUAACCCAAGAACAGAGUAGAAAUUUAAGGUAAUACAUAAUGUAGGAACUAGUAAAAUUAGGCCUUCAGGGGGGGAAAGUUGGUAUUUAAAUCAGUAUUCUAGAUUGAUCUGACACUGGGAGUAUUUUCUUUUGAAUUUUUGAGAAAUCUGUAAAGUUCCUACUUUUUGAUUAGCAGAUUGGACAUAGGAAAUUAGUGAAAAUUGAAAAGCCUGCAAUUAAACUCCAUACCCUUUUUUCUAUGACAUGGCCUCUGAGCAUGUAACUGGCAUUUGCUCUAGACAAGGCUUCCCAGCUGUUUUCAGUCCAAAUAGUGUGAAGGAAUCAAAGAUGAUGCUGGAUGCAGAUUACACCAAUAUUGGGUAUAUUUACAGAUGAUGAUCAACAGUCGAUGCAAAAGUGUUAAAAUUGUGUGGCUGCUAAAAGAAACAAGAACAGAGUUGUGGUUCCUAUUAUUAUUUUGUGCUUAGAGGCAAGGAGAAACUCUAUGUAAAGAGAAGUUUUCUUCUCAGAUCACUUCAGGGCAUCAAGCAUUUCUUC